CUACUGUGAAUGGAAAUGUUUGUUGUGAUAAAAAUGUAAAUAAUGGAGACAGAAAUAAUUCACCUUGCAAAUAUUUUGCGACCAACUAGCCGUGAUGUAUUUUCAGGCAAAGGUAAAUUGUGUUUAUCUGCAAAUUAUUUAAACAAAUUGAACAAUGCAAUUGACGCGAACAUCGAAGAAGAUGUGAAUUCUUUUCAUAUUGUUCAAACAAGCAACACAAAGAGUAAUCUUAUCGGAGACACUCAGUUUUUGUUGGAUCUAAUUAAGAAGACUGGCAGCUUAAAGCUUACUCCCGAUGAAACUACUGAAUAUACUGUGGUGGACAUAACGAAGUUCAAAAACAUAAGGACUCUAGAAAUUAUUAAAUUAGAUGUGCAUAUUGUGAUUGGUUUACAGAAACUUAGAUCACAAAUUCAAGAGCUGACUUGUAGCAAAAAUUUAAAAUCUAUAAGUGAUGUGUUAGAAAAAUGUGGUGCUGAUAACAGCCAACCAUUUAGCUGGAAUGAACUGAAGACUGCUAAUUUUUCAUAUAAUAAUAUUGUAGAAAUUGACAAUAGUUUUGAAUGUACUCUCUCUUUAAAUACUUUAGAUCUUAGCCAUAAUCACCUGAACAAAGCAAAUUUUGUAAAUUUACUUCCAAAUUUGAAACAUUUGAAUCUUUCAUACAACAAACUGGAAAAUGUCCCUGAAUUUAAAGGCCAGAUAAGGUCUAGAUUACAAAUUUUAGUUUUAAAUAAUAACUUUAUAGAAAAUCUCCAUGGUCUAACAUCAGUUUCUAACUUACAACAGUUAGAUUUAGGACAUAAUUGUUUGUUAGAUCAUAAAGCCUUCCUUUCAAUAUCUCAUCUAGUUUCACUUCAGUGGCUAAAUCUGCAAGGUAAUCCAUUGGGCUUUCAUCCAAACCACAGGCAACUAACAUGCAAUUAUUUGAACAAAAAUGCUAGUACAGUCAAGUUUUUACUAGAUGGUGUAAUUUUAAAUAAAAAUGAGAAGAGCCUAACCGGAUCUCUAUACCCCAUAACACAAACAAUUCAAACAUCUUUAUCCUCAACAAAUUCAUUGGAAUCAUCAGUAGCUUCAAUUCAAGAGAAACCCAGGAAAAUUAGACAUGUUACCAUUGAAGAUGCCAAUGUUGUUAAAGAAGAGAAACCUAUCUUAACUCCAAAUUCUUCGUCCCAACAUUUGGAAAUAAAAAGACAGGUCGAACAACUGAGACAAGAAUAUGGAGAAUCUUGGCUUUAUAGACAUUCUGGCCUAAUUGUGCAAGACGUAUUGGGUUUUGAAAAAACUGCUGUACUAUCUUCUACUCCGAUCGAAACUGGGUUUGUUAAAGUCCAAACAAAUAAUCCAGUAGACACCACACUGACCAGUGGUUUUAAUACGGCAAAUGUGUCGUGUGUCACUGAAGCAACAUCUAAUAACGAAACGUUUUGCACAGCUGAGGAUGGACCUGUAGCUGACACUGAACAUAGUGUGUUCAGUAAUGGUUCCCCAGAAGAUGAAAUAUCGGACGUGUCUGAUGGCGAAGAUAUUUUUUCAGGAGGGGAAGAUUGCAUGUUUCUAGCGACCAAUACAGCAGAUAAUAGCGAAGUGUUUGUAAUAGUGACUGAAUCCCACAUAUCAGAACGUGAUGUCAUUACAAGCAAAGAAAAGGCGCGGUGGCAUAUCAAUACGAUUUUGUCUUGUGAAAAAUGUGAAGACAAAGAAAACGGUUUUAAGUUAGAAUUCGAUACUCUUAGACGAGAUAGAAAACAAAGAAUUUAUAUACUAGAUCCGGAAGAAAGUGAAACAUUUUAUAAUAGUGUUAAGAAAAUUACUGGGGUUGCCAAUUUACAAACAAAGACUGAUAAUAAGAAUUUGUCUUAUCAAUGUAUGCAGUGUACAGAGGUGUUCCAGCGCAGUAAACAUGCUUUACUAAAUCAACCGUCGCUCAACUGUCCAAAGUGUACAAGCAAUAUGGUAGUAGAAAGUUAGUCAAGCUGUAUUUUUUGUAAUUUUUAUUGGAGAUUAUUUUUAUUAAUUUUUAAACAAAGUCACUCGAAGUAACAAUAUAACAUAAAUUAAUACUUGAUCUUUAUUUUUAUGUAAAACUCAAACG